AUGAGGAGCGGCGGCUCGUUGAACACUGUGACGGGCUACCUGAAGUCCAUUGAGCCCCUGAAUGGCAACAACUAUCCAAGCUGGUAUAAAGAUGUUCAAGUGGCCAUUGCUGUGUGCGAGUAUGAUCUCGCCUUACGUCAAGACAAGCCAGCAGAGCCCACUGAUCCCAAUGGUGAUCGUACUGCCAUUGAAAAGUGGGAGAGAUCAGACAGGAUGGCCAACAUGAUCAUUAAGAACACGAUCACUCCGGCCAUCUGUGGUGCUAUUCCUGAUAAGGACAAGGAUGAUAAUGAUCUGAGCGCCAAGGCAUACCUUGCCAAGGUGGAGGAGAACUUUAAGAGUUCUUCCAAGACUUAUGCUAGCACCCUGAUCAUGAAGAUGCUGACUUUACAGUAUGAUGGGCAAAGUGGAAUCAGGGAGCACAUUAUGAGCAUCACAGUACAGUCCCUUCAAAAUAAGCUACAACACUCAGAAGGCGACUUGGAGCAUGGCUGA